AUGCGUUCAUUAGGCGUUAUAGGUGUAGCGCUACAUGCCUCUCUGCUCAUACUGCUGACUCAAGGAAUUCACAAAUCUAGAGAUGGAGUUUAUCACGGAAAAUCACGACGCUUUGCUACAGACCACCGUCCACCUGGAUUCCAUCACCUGGCACCGAAGUAUAUGAUGCACCUUUACCGGAAUUACAAGUCAAAUCUUACUCGGCCUAUAGACGUCAUGGAGAAGGCCAUCGCAAAACAAGCAGACACAGUCAAGAGUGUGAUGGCAAAAAGUUUAUUUCACAGACCCCGACGCUGGACUGCAACCUUUGACCUGACCACCUUAUUGGCCGACGAACGGAUCCAAGCAGCGGAGCUCAGGUUCAGGUUUCCCCGGGCGACGAGGGCUUCCAACAUUACCGUGGAGAUCUACCAUCACCACGACUACCCGUGCAGGCAGACACAGGGGAUCUGCCAGGAACACCAGCUGGUGGGAUAUUUCUCUGUCUCCUCUGUGAUUAACUCCUCUCAGCACUGGAAGGUGUACAACCUUACUGAUCCGCUGUUGAACUGGCUCGGCCAGGAACAGAUUUCCAGGAGCUCAAUGAAGAGGAGAUCACCAAACAAGACAGAGAGAGAUGUGUACUUCCCCAACUCUAUCCAUCAGUGUGUGAGCGACAGAGCCUUACUGGUUGUAUUCUCUCAUACAGGGUCAGAGGAGGGCUCCCAGGCCAAAGCCAGUCUCCUCCACACGGCCGAACAGUCCAAGUUCCUGUCCACCACCGAGUCCAAGAAGUUCCGCAGGCCGAAGAGACACAGGAAAAAAAGGGGCCACUCAGGCCAGAGGGAACCGCCAGACACGAGGGGUCCAGAGGUGUCUAGCGGAAACAUUGAGAUUGACCCGUCUCUCUGUCGAAGAGUGGACAUGCAUGUAGACUUCAAUCAGAUAGGCUGGGGGUCCUGGAUCGUCUUCCCGAAGAAGUAUAAUGCCUAUCGAUGUGAGGGGAUCUGUCCAAGUCCUUUGGGAGAAGACUUGAACCCAACAAAUCAUGCUUACAUGCAGAGUCUCCUAAAACACUACCACCCUGAGCGGGUUCCCUCGGCGUGCUGCGCCCCCACCAAGAUGAGUCCUCUAAGCAUGCUGUAUUAUGAGAAUGGAGAAAUGCUGCUUCGCCAUCACGAGGAUAUGGUUGUGGAUGAAUGUGGCUGCCUGUAGCCUCUGUCACGGGCUUCAACCCGACCUUCAGUAAAGAGAUGGCCGGAGCAAAGCCUGGGGCCGUCUUCCUCACAACCGCUUGAGAUGGAGACGAGGCUACCACUCGUCUCCUUUCGGACGCACGCAACAGAGAGUUCCGGAAACAUUAGAGUGGAAUUUCACUGAUAGAACUAUUAUCCAAGAGUCUGUAUCAGAUGGUCGAAAACAAUAAGAAAACACUUUGUUAGUUCUUAUGAUUAUUGUGACUGUGCACUCCUCAAGCAGUAUGGUAGAUGGUAUGUUUAGAAAGCCUGGAUAUAUAUAUACAGUAUGGAUUUUCUCUCAGAACGUGACUGAUUUUAUCUUACUGCUUUUAGGAAUCAGUAAGAGGACCCGCCAUUUCAUUAUAAGUCAUAGGAAAUGGUGUUGUUCACCAUUUAAGCACUGUUUAUACUAUAGUAUACACCUACUGGGUGUAACGGAACACUGACAUUAUAUUUAUUGUAAAUAAUAAUAAAAUAAAGCUUGGUUAUUUAUGUUAAUUUAUUGCUCUCUCUGUUUUAGGAGGAUUUUGUCAUAAAUAUGUUUCAUAUUGUAAAAAUAUUUUG